CUUUCUUUGGAAGAAAGAUGUUUUUGAGCCACCGUUGUUUGGGUUACAUGACCAUCCUCCUGCAGUGUCUCAUCUGUUCCCUUCUCGUUUAUGCCCUAAUUAUUGGAAGUGGUGACAUGGUUGUCAGUGGUUGUCAGAAAAUCGGCUUUUAUAAUUACUGCUUGUACAACAAAACUAUUGAGGACUGUCAAUGUAUUACCCAAAUCGAGGAUCUGAGUUUGACCGGAAGAACCAAUCAAAAUGGAUUAGUCUUGGCCAUCAUCUUGACCUACUCUUCGUUGAUCAUCGUCAUCAUGGGGAUCUUGACAAUUACUUUUGCUCAGUGUUUCGACGAAAGAAUCCUCUGGACAUUUGCCUUGGGACUCAAUUGGCUUUGCCUGAUUGGACUAAGCCUCGGGAUGGCCAUUUAUGUCUCCCUAACUUGGGAUGUGUUUGAUAUUUCCCAAGUGACCCCUGGCUUCCUGGCGGUGAUGGCAGCAUUAUGUGGCCUGUCUGUACUCUGUUGUAUCAUAAAGCGCAGCGCCAACCUCGCCAGUGAGAUGUCAGAAAUUGGAGUCCCAAUAGAGUACUCAGAUGGGUGCUGGAAUGAGCUGCGGAUGGCGCUGCACAUAUCCAAACGUGAAGAAGGUAGUCACCUGCACACCAAGGGCCAAUAUAUGGAUACGUCUUUAUGUAAUGUCAGAUAUACAUGGUAUGACAUGUAUAUGUACAUGUGA